AGCGGCGGCGGCGGCGGCGGCGGAGGAGGAGGAGGAAGAGCCGGAGCCGCAGCGGCCGGAGGCGGGAAGGAGGAGCGCGCUGGUCUGCCUUCGCCAGCGCCGCCGGAGCCUCGCCCAGUCCGAUGUGCCUCCUCCUGCGGCGGUGGCGCUGCUGCUGAGCCAGCCGACGUGCCGGCCGAGCCUUGCCGUCUCCCGCAGUCCGAACAUGGCCACCCCGGCAACGUGCACCCGCUUCACCGACGAAUACCAGCUCUACGAGGAGCUCGGCAAGGGUGCUUUCUCAGUGGUACGGAGAUGCGUGAAAAAAACCUCAUCUCAAGAAUUUGCUGCAAAGAUCAUCAAUACCAAGAAGCUGUCAGCAAGAGAUCAUCAGAAACUAGAGCGGGAAGCUCGAAUCUGCCGGUUAUUAAAACACCCAAAUAUUGUGCGGCUCCAUGAGAGUAUUUCAGAAGAAGGUUUCCAUUACCUUGUAUUUGAUCUGGUGACUGGGGGGGAGCUAUUUGAAGAUAUUGUUGCCAGGGAGUACUACAGUGAAGCCGAUGCUAGCCACUGCAUUCAUCAGAUUUUGGAGAGUGUCAAUCAUAUUCAUCAACAUGAUAUUGUACAUAGGGAUUUAAAGCCUGAGAACUUGCUCCUUGCCAGUAAGUGCAAAGGGGCUGCUGUCAAACUGGCUGACUUCGGACUUGCAAUUGAAGUACAAGGAGAACAGCAGGCGUGGUUUGGGUUCGCAGGCACUCCAGGUUACCUGUCUCCUGAGGUCUUAAGAAAAGAUCCUUAUGGAAAGCCAGUGGAUAUAUGGGCAUGUGGAGUUAUUCUGUAUAUAUUACUUGUUGGAUAUCCUCCAUUUUGGGAUGAAGAUCAGCAUAAACUGUAUCAGCAGAUCAAGGCGGGGGCCUAUGAUUUUCCUUCUCCAGAGUGGGAUACUGUGACCCCAGAAGCAAAGAAUUUAAUCAACCAGAUGCUGACGAUAAACCCUGCAAAGCGCAUCACAGCAGAUCAGGCACUCAAGCACCCAUGGGUCUGUCAACGAUCAACGGUAGCUUCUAUGAUGCACAGACAGGAGACUGUGGAAUGCUUGAGAAAGUUCAAUGCCAGAAGAAAGCUGAAGGGUGCAAUCCUUACCACUAUGCUGGUGUCUCGGAAUUUUUCAGUUGGCAGGCAGAGCUCCGCCCCUGCUUCGGCCACCAUGAGUGCUGCCGGCCUGGCUGAGCAAGCUGCCAAGAGCUUACUGAACAAAAAGUCAGAUGGAGUAAAGCCACAGACCAACAACAAAGCCAGUGUAGUAAGCCCAGCAAAAGAAACGCCCCCAGUGCAGAUGUCCAUGGAACCCCAAACGACUGUUGUCCACAAUGCUAAUGAUGGCAUAAAGGGUUCUACAGAGAGCUGCAAUACCACCACUGAAGAUGAAGAUUUGAAAGCUACUGCUACACUGUCUUAUGAAGAGAAGCUUCUUGCCUGGGAUAGCCCAGGGCAGACAGUGGAGUUGGAUCGUGCUCGGUCGGAGCCUGUCCUAACUCCAGUAGUUCCAUUUGCAUUUAACAGUCUAUCAUUACGUAAGCAAGAAAUCAUCAAGAUAACAGAGCAGCUGAUCGAAGCAAUCAACAAUGGAGACUUUGAAGCUUACACGAAGAUCUGUGAUCCUGGGCUGACCUCAUUUGAACCUGAAGCACUGGGGAACCUCGUGGAGGGGAUGGACUUCCACAAGUUUUACUUUGACAACUUACUGUCCAAGAACAGCAAACCAAUCCACACUACCAUCCUGAAUCCCCAUGUUCAUGUUAUUGGUGAUGAUGCAGCUUGUAUUGCCUAUAUCCGUUUGACUCAAUAUAUUGAUGGCCAGGGCCGGCCUCGCACCAUGCAGUCCGAAGAGACCCGUGUCUGGCAUCGCCGUGAUGGCAAGUGGCUGAACGUACACUACCAUUGUUCCGGGGCUCCUGCAGCUCCGCUCCAAUGAAGCUACAAAUGGCAAUUUUCGGAGAUACUCAGCGGGAGGGCAAUAUCUUCUCAGCAAGCAGCUCUGGAGUACCUGAAUUACAGCAACGGUCAUAUUCGUUUUGA